AUGAGCUCGUCGCCAUUAUCGUCUUCUCUGUUUCUUCCUCUUUCGACCUUGUCUGUUCAUGGUCAUGGUCGGAGCCAGAACCUCUGUUUCAGUCGGAAACAACAGUGUUUCCGUGUUCGAGCCGCAAAACUCCCGGAAGGGGUGAUAGUGCCAAAAGUAGAACCCAAAUCUCAACCUGCGUUUCUGGGAUUUACACAAACAGCUGAGAUAUGGAACUCAAGAGCUUGCAUGAUUGGUCUCAUCGGAACUUUCAUCGUCGAAUUGAUUCUGAACAAAGGAAUACUUGAGGUGAUUGGUUUAGAGACUGGGAAAGGACUUGAUCUUCCUCUGUAA